AUGUCACUAAAACAUGCGCAAUACGAUAGUAAAUGUUAUUGCAACAGUGUUGCAACGUCAUGUUGCAGCAUUGCUCAUGUAAAUUGCUGCAGGCGCAAAAGCACUGGCAGCGGAAGUGUUUUCAGUGUUGCAAGCAAAUGUGAUAAACAAAGUUCGAAUGCAAGAAUAGCGGCGAAGAGUAAACAAAAAACAGACUUUGUCAAAAUAAAACCAAAAUCAACCAAUCGCCUCACUGAUGGUAGUAAAAACCGACGCGGACUCGGUCAUUCCAAUUCGCAUGGCGCCACUAAUUUUAGUCGUCGCAAUUCCGCCGCAACCACAGUAACAUUUUCCACGCCCUGCGCUACGCCAAUCUCAAUGCACAGCUCGAACGCAACGACGCCCACACUCAAAACACCGUCGCCGCUGCCAACGACAGCUUCAACCACAAGCACAAUUUUAAAGAAUGUGCCCGUAACUAUGUCAUCGUUAAGUGAUAAUUUCAGCGCGCUCAGCGUUUCGUCAAAAAGUGACCGCAGCAGCGAUUGCGGCGACGCGCUGCCACACGAGUACACCGAGCAACGACGCUACUACGAGAGCGCGAAGCAAUUGAUGAAACUGAUAUCCACACAGGGUGACAAGUAUACCGCCUUGAACCUUAUCAGCGGUGGCGGCGGCGGUAUUGGUGCCGCCGCUUGUGUGGGCGACGCGGAAGUGAACGCUGAGCGCUUGCGUCAAUUACAAGAAUUUCGUCUACAAAAUGCAGAAGAUUGCUUCACCGUACAUCGACAGCUAGAUUUGCAUUUGCCAAUGCGCGCGAAAACAUUGAUGCACGUUGAAGCUGCACAGCCGGUAAGUAAGCUUCAAUGGCAGACUAUGCCAAGUAAGGCAGAGAAUACAACAGCGAAAGUCGCGUUGGUUAAGGAGCGCGCGAAGAAACCACAGCAUACGCGUACUUCAAUUACUCCUUAUGCGGUGCGUCAAAGAUUAUUGCAGCUCCGCUUGGAGGCAGACGAGUUGAAACGCGCGAAACCUGAACGAAAGUUGUAUGGUCCAUUGGAAAAGAGUUGCGCACUACGUUAUCAAGAAACCUACUAA